AUGCCAGAAGAUAUUGCCUUUAAGGCAACUUUGACGCCUCAGAAGAAAACUCCUGGAGGUAAUACCCGGUCUGAACCUGAACCAGAUUUGCAACUUAAAGAUUUAAAAUGUUCCCAGCAUACUGCUAGUAGUGUUAAAGCUCAAGAUGAUACCGGUCAUGGAUAUGGGAUAGAGAUACCAGGUGAUACAGUUGCGUACCAAGGUAAAAAGAUUAAUCUCGUAAUGAAAAAGCACAAAAAGAGAAGUCUUGAAACAAAGUGUAGCGAAGGUGGUCAAUUACUGGCUUGUGAAGUGGUUACUGGCCCACUAUUGGUUCCUGAAAGUUGUAUUGGUAUGACGGCUAACAUUUAUCCUAAGCAUACAUCUGGAGUUGAUCCUUGCCAUAAUAAAUAUAUAGAUGAAACUAACGAUAAUGUACAAUGUAAAGCACCUUUUCGAUACUUCUGCAAUAAAGCCGUAGAUAACAAAGAUUUACCAGAAUUCAAACAAGAUUGGUUGAAAAUGAAGGAAGAAUAUGAACAACUUAACAGUAAAAUUAAAAAUGCAAGAGAAAAGUCAAUCGAUGCAUCUUCAACGAACUAA